GUCCUGAUCUGGAGUUGCUCUCAGUUACCGCCAGCUGCCGAGCUGCUUCGAGUUGUUGUUUGCAAAGGGUCUGCGUGUGAAUACUGAACGGAGCCAUGGGCGUGGAAGGCUGUAUGAAAUGUAUCAAGUAUUUGCUGUUCGUCUUCAAUUUCCUUUUCUGGCUUGCAGGUGGAGUGGUUCUGGGUGUGGCUCUCUGGCUCAGACUUGACCCUAAGACGACCAGUGUGCUGGAGACACAUUUUGCAGAUCAGUCGGCCCCCAGCACCUUUUUCAUAGGGGUCUACAUCCUGAUUGGUGUUGGAGCUGUGAUGAUGAUUGUCGGUUUUCUUGGUUGUUAUGGUGCCAUCCAGGAAUCCCAAUGCAUGCUGGGAACGUUCUUCGCUUGUCUGAUAAUCCUAUUUGCUUGUGAGGUGGCAGCUGGCAUCUGGGGAUUCGUAAACAAAGAUGAGGUAGCUAAGGAGAUGAAAGCGUUCUAUGACCAAGCCUCCACUGCUUAUCUUACACCAUUGCAAAACCCAGAGAAGAAGGAGCAGGCUAAAGCUGUGUUGAUUGCAAUGCAUAGGGCGCUGGACUGCUGUGGAUCCAACUUUGUGACCAAGUUUUUGGCAAAUGAGCUCUGCCCCAAACCGACGGGAGUGGGUUUACUGACCAAAGUGGACUGUGGCACACGGAUUAACGAGCUGUUUACAGAGAAGCUGUACAUCAUUGGUAUUGCUGCCGUCAUUGUUGCAGUCAUCAUGAUCCUUGAGAUGAUUUUCAGCAUGGUGCUAUGCUGUGGGAUCCGAAAUGCAUCUGUGUACUAGAGGGGCCCUGCUGCUGCCACCUCACAGGGACCUCAGUGAGCGCAGCUGAAAGAAAAGCUUUGUAGUGGAAUAGAUCCCGUCAUAAGAUGACCCCUAAACUAAUCCUGUUCUCUGUGAUGUUGCCACUUGUCACGCUCAGUUUUUAAAAAAUAUAUAUAUUGUUUUUUUUAUAUAUAUAUAUAUAUAUUAUAUAAAACCAUCUUUCCUGGUAUGACGGUUCUCCAUUGGUGCCUUGCAGCAGCUCUCAAUGGAGAAAUCAGUGUGCAGUUGGCAUUUGAUACCCACUCAUCAGGUCUUCAAGUAAAUUACCACCUCCAUUCAACAGAGCUUUUAUGCUGCAGCACAGUCACAAUUUUUUAUGUUUGGAUAUGAAGACUAUUUAAGAAAAAAAAUGGACACCCAUUGUGCUGCAGGAGGGGGCUCAAUGCUCCUUUUGAUUUAAAGCCUCGGGUUGCUCAAACAGAUGAAUAUAGAUAUAUAGUAAAAUAAUUGGAAUCCAAUUUUUUUUAAAUUGACAGUUUUUUGUGACAACUGCACCAGCUGUGAACCAUAUGCUCCCAGUGUGCACUCGAUUUGUGUAGGCUUUCCAAAAUGAUUGUACUGAUUUCAAAGUUUUGAUCUUUCUUCCCAUUGUACUGCAGGUACCUUUUAAAAAUAUAUAUGUAUAAUAACCAGUGCAGUGAGUAACUCAUAAUGAUGGGGGCUGGUCACAGUUUGUACCUGGCCUAUUACUUUUUUAUUUCUAGUGUACCAUUUAUUCAUUUAUAUAAAUGUAGCUCUGAAUGAACUUGAGGAAACUGGACCAUGCCCCCCCAUGCUCUCCUGCAUUUUAAUGUCUUGUGUAUCAGUGUAAACUAAAAAUAGAUCAUCCUGUAUCAUUUCAGGCGAUUUUUUUUCACUUUUUAUAUCAGGGUUUCAGAUACCUUGGGGUCUAUCUGCUUAAAGCCCAGCCUGUGUCUUUUGGGAUGCCUUUGACUUUGACAAGAUCUUUCUUGUUAUCUGGUGGUUUGAGAAAUUGCUUGUGUAUAAGCUCUGAUGCCUUGCUUUUUCAGCUUAAGUCAGAUUGCAAUUUUUUCAGUCUUGUGCUUUUACUGUGAAAUGCUGUUGAUUGUGGCAUUCUAACCUAAAGAGAAUUACUAAAAACAAAUCUGGGCACUUUUACUUUUAUAAUGCAUUUCCUCACUCUGACCAUUUGAGCACCGGUAAGAUGUUGCUACAGGAACAUUAAGCUGUGGUCUGUGCCAGAGUUGACAUGGGAACAGAAUCUGAAACCUGCCUCUCACUAAAGCUUCUACAUAAUGUGCCUAGAACCAUAAAACACUUCCUGCCAAUGAGCUUCCUAAAAGUCGACAGAACAGUGCCUUUGUCUCCGUGUCAAAGCCAAUUGUGGUUUGUCAGUUGAUCGAACGGAUGGAAGGAUGAGUAAACACAGGAGAUGGAUCAUUACUGAGUCCAUUUGCUACCCUGGGAAACAUGCGCCAUGGCAGUGCACUUAACAGCUGCUACCCAUGUUCAAAAGGAAAGCAAUUGAUUGGCUAGCAGGCAACUGUCCUGCUCCAGCCUCCAUCCCCAGAAGUUUCUUGUGAAUUAGGUGGGAGCCUCUAUCAUGUGAACAACAACUAUCUUUGCCCACCUCCCCAAUGCGUGUAGAACAUGUACAGUUUUUGUUUGGAAAGUGUAAGCACACCCGUCCAACAUUAAUGAUUUUAUACUUUCAGUCUUAAAUCUGGUUCAAUGUGUACUUACCAGCAGUGAGGUUGUCCCAUUAAUGCAUUGAGUGAUAAUUUGUCUAAUGUUCCAGUAAAUUAAAAAAGGGACAGUAAAAAAAACAAGCACUUUCAAUGACCGCCCUUCUGAUUUAAGUUGGCAGUAGAAACAUGGUCAGGCCUGUUAUCACCCAGAGGAGUUCUGAUGAAGUGCCCGUUUGCUGCUUUACAGCAGUGAUUUCAGAAGGGCUUUGCUGUUUUGAUGUCCGAGAUGGGUAGAACUAUUGUAUACAUUGAGUUAUACUACGUGUAAUGUCCCGUAUGUUUAGCAUGUCUGCAUCCAGCGGGUUUGUAUACAACCUGCCUGUUCUGUGAAUACGUUAACAAUAAAGAUCACUUCCUUUAACACA